AAGAAUCUUCAAAAAAAAAAAACUAAGAAAAGACUAUUUCAUCAUCAUCACAUCUCAGCUUUAAUCUCCUAACCUCCCCAAAGUCCAAUUCUCAGAGAAACAGAGAGAGAGAGAGAGAGAGAGAGAGAGAGAGAGAAAAGGUUGAAACCAGCAAUGGAUCUUCAUCUUCAACCUUAACACCACCAAAAUCCCCCCCAAACCUUUUGUUUCAAAACCACUAAUUGAUUUGAAUGUCUCUGACUCGAAACCUCAUAUACCUUCUUCUUCUUCUAGGGUUAGCUUUUUCCGUUGACCUGGGUCAACCCCUAAAAGUCCCCUUCAGCGUCAACGAUGUCCUCCCGAUGCUGCCACGUCAAGUCUCGUGGCCCGUCCUGAACAGCUUCCACAGCGCCGUGGAUUUGCUGCCGGUCUUCGUCGGGUCCGUUACUCCGAACAACAACGACUCUCUCGAGUGGAAAGGCGCUUGCUUUAAAGGCAACGAGGCUCGUCUCGACAUCACCGUUAGCGAUCGAGAUGAGCCUGGUCUCGGAGGCGGCCUUCUCCAUCUCAAGACAUCUGAGGCGCAUAGCUUGACGUGUAUGGACCUUUAUGUCUUCGCAACGCCGUAUAGGAUUACAUGGGAUUAUUAUUUCUCUGCGAGAGAACAUACUUUGAGCUUUGGUUCAUGGGAAGAGACGGCUGAGUUAGAUUAUGUGAAGGAGCAUGGAGUUUCAGUGUUUCUAAUGCCGUCAGGGAUGCUAGGGACGUUGCUUUCUUUGAUCGAUGUGUUGCCUCUCUUCUCCAACACGGGCUGGGGGCAGAACGCGAACUUGGCUUUCUUGACGAAGCACAUGGGCGCCACGUUUGAGAAGCGGCCUCAGCCUUGGAGGUCUGUGAUCAAUCCGGAAGAUGUGCAUUCCGGAGAUUUCUUGGCGGUGUCGAAGAUUAGAGGAAGGUGGGGCGGGUUUGAGACUUUGGAGAAAUGGGUGACCGGCGCUUUUGCUGGUCAUACCGCUGUUUGUUUGAAGGAUGAUUUGGGGAGGCUUUGGGUUGGUGAAUCUGGUCAUGAGAACGACAAGGGUGAAGAGAUCAUUGUUGUGAUUCCUUGGGAUGAAUGGUGGGAUCUAACGUUGAAGGAUAGUUCAAACCCGCAAGUGGCUUUGCUUCCUUUGCAUCCUGAUGUCCGAGCAAAGUUUAAUAAUACUGCUGCGUGGGAGUAUGCACGGAGCAUGUUGGGCAAGCCUUAUGGAUAUCACAACAUGAUUUUUAGCUGGAUCGAUACUCUUGCCGAUAACUACCCACCUCCCCUUGAUGCUCACUUGGUUAUUUCUGUCAUGUCUAUGUGGACUCGUGUACAACCUGCAUAUGCUGCUAAUAUGUGGAACGAGGCACUCAAUAAACGGCUCGGUACUGAGGAGCUGGAUUUGUAUGGGAUUCUUGAAGAAACAGCGAGGCGUGGAAUGUCAUUUGACGAGCUACUCACCAUCCCUGAACAGGAUGAGUGGGUAUACAGCGACGGGAAGUCAACAACAUGCGUUGCUUUCAUCCUUGCUAUGUACAAAGCCGCUGGUGUGUUUGGUCCUCUCGCUGAUCACAUUCAAGUCACUGAAUUCACUAUCCGAGAUGCGUAUACUCUGAGGAUGUUUGAAGAUAAUCAGACGAGGCUGCCGAGUUGGUGUAACACAGAGAAAGGGAAGCUCGAGUUGUGUCAGAUUCUGGGCGAAUUCAGAAUGGAGUUACCUGGUUAUAAUACCAUUGACCCUUAUCCGAACAUGAACGAGAAUUGUCCUUCUUUGCCUCCUACUUAUGAGAGGCCUUCUAAGUGUUAGUAAAGACUGAUCAUAACAUGUUUGUCUCUCUGUUUGUGUUUGUCUACUUUAUGUUUUAUUUAUUUAUUGUGUUGCGCUCUUAGCUGUAGGGGGGAAACAAACAACGUUUGUGAACUAUUUUAUGUGAAUAUGUGAUAAUGCUUCUUA